AUGUCGACUGUUAUCCUCGGAGGAGGCAUCAUUGGAGCCUCCAUUGGAUAUUACCUAUCUGCGAACCAACCAGAAGGCGAGAUUCACAUCGUUGAACAAUCCCCGGAGCUUUUUACCGCAGCCUCGGGAUAUGCCGCAGGUUUCCUAGCCAGAGAUUGGUUCGAGUCAUCUCUUGCCCCUCUAGGUGCUAUGUCCUUCGACUUGCACCAUGAGCUCGCCGCAGCACAGGGCGGAGACAAAAAGUGGGGGUUCAUGAAAGGAACAGCAUUCAACUUGGAUACUGUUGCUCAACGCAAGCGAGGCGGUCCCCGUGGUGACGAUUGGUUGCGAACGGGCACUAGUAGAGCAGAGACCGCGGCUGGAUCCGGGGAUAUCACUCCGAUUGAAUUUCCGGAAUGGUUGACGAUGCAGAAGGAGGGGAUCCUGGAGAAGAUCAGUGAGGGCGAAACAGUGGCUCAAGCAGAUCCGUUGCGGUUGAGUCAAUUCCUCAUUGACGGCGCUGUCUCCCGAGGCGUUAAGCUUCAUAAUCCAGCCCAGGCCACCGCAGUGGUCAAGGAUGAAAUCGGUACAAUCACUGGCAUCAGAAUGGUGUCUUUGGAUUCUAAGAAGGAAUCGAUCAUGCCGUGUACGAACCUUGUUCUGAGCAUGGGACCAUGGACACCACAGGUUCUCAGAGAUCUGUUCCCCUCCUCUCAGGUAUCAUUCGAUAUAUCACCUUUGGCUGGCUAUUCACUGGUUGUUCGAUCCCCUCGGUAUACAAUGGAACACGAGAAGAAUGUUUACCGCGGAAGCAGCCAUGCUGUGUUUACCACACACCCUCCGUCGUGCGGGUUUAGCCCCGAGAUCUUCCUCAGGGAAGGCGGAGAGAUUUAUAUCGCAGGUCUCAACAACCCCAUGAUGAAGCUUCCCUCUUGCGCCGGGGAUACCAGCCAACUUUUUGAUCCCUCCGAGAUGCAAAAACUCAAAGAUGUUGCAGUUCGUUUGAUGGGAGAUCUUCCCAAGGACACAAAGGAGGCUACCGACAAGACGGCCAACACAGAUGACUUGGAGAUUAUCCGUGAAGGGCUGUGCUUCCGUCCGGUGGGGGAUACUGGUGUUCCCACCAUUGGAAGAGUUGGAGAUUACUCUCUGGGAGGAGUGAAAGCAAACCCCAAGGGAGGCAUCUUCAUAGCCGCUGGGCAUGGAGCGUGGGGAAUCUCACUGAGUUUGGGCACUGGAAAGGUUGUUUCUGAGAUGAUCAAAAAGCAAAAGCUUUCAGUAGAUGUGAGUGGCUUGGCCGUUCAGGAUGAAAGUCCUAGUCCCAAGCUGUGA